UUGAUGUAUAUGCAGACGCAAAUGGAUGAAUAAUUUACUCUGAGACAUACAGAAUUUAUCAAUCUUAUUGCAUGCUUAGUUAAUUAACUGCUUUUAUCUUGUGGGGUUUGAUUUGUUUGAUUAUUUAUUGAAAUGGGAUUUCUUUAUGAGAAAUGGUUAGUAAAUUGAAGCUUAUUUGUGUGUUUUAAAGAUGAAUUUUGAUAUAUGAGUAAUUGGGUAUGUUUUGCUUAAAAAAUGCUAUAAAGCCAAUUUGUGUUUCUAAUUUUAACUGUUUGACAAUGGAAUUUGCUAUGAAAUCCGAUUUGGGUGUGAACCAAAUUUGUAUUACUACUUCUAUUUUCACCAAUUGAAUGGUAAUAUUUUAAUUUGUUUCCUUUAAGUCGUGCUUUGACUGGGUUGAGAUUUGGAGACAAUGACAAUUGACAUGAACUUGUGAAGCGCAUUAAAUUUCUCUCUCGCACUUCAAAUUAUUAUUCUUAUUAUUUUAAUUUCUCUCUCCCACUUCAAAUUAUUAUUCUUAUUAUUUUAUUUUAACAUUGUUCUUUCCUAUUCCAUCUUACAAGAGUAUUAUGUCUAAUGUGCUUCAUUCUAUAUUAUGCGGAAGGUAUUAUGCGGAAGGCCUUUCUAGUGAUUUUCUGUUGAAGUUUCUGUGAAGACAAGAAGGAAAUGAAAAUCCCAUUUCUGUGAAACAAACUCCUAUUCCAGAACGCUCUCCUGUUGAAUAUGUAUUGGUUGCAUUUCUCGUUAGUAUAAUGAAGUGAAUAGCCAAAUAGGCCAAAUAAUAUAGUUAAGGCUAUUCCAUAAAAAUUAUUGUAUUACUGUCACGUCGUCAAAUUACAUGAUCACAUUGUUUGGAUACACUCAUUUCUUACAAAAUUGUUAUUUUUAUUGUUAAAGAGCUCAUAAGGUUAAGUCUAUAUUACAAUCAUAUACAAAAUUGCGAAUUAAAUCAUUUGAAUAUCAAUGGAUGUUUACGAUAUCUGGUUCUUGUCAGUCAACAGCUGCAUAUUGGUCCCAUUUGGAUGAACAACCAUUUUUAUUUUUUAAUUUUUAAGUUAAUUUAGUUUUUUAAUUUCUUCCUACAUCACAGCAUUAUUUGCAGCACUGGCAGAUUAUUGUCUAGUAGUUGCUAGUCUUUCACUUUGCCAUCUCUUUGUUCAAUAAAUUGGCUCUAGAAAUAGCUUUCUUGUGCACUGAUUCAGAAGAAACAUUUACAAGCUCUAUCCUAAAAGAUCAUCUUAUUUAUAAUGGAAAGAAAGAAGUGUAAAUAUUAGCUAAAUUCUUAUAUGUUUGAAUGUAGGCAACCAUUAAAUGGCAUGGAUAAUAUGAACGAAUCAUUUUAUAAUGGUUUUGAGUGAAUGGCUGUGCUUCAUGACUGAAUGGCACCAGCCUUGAGUUGCUUUUGACUCUAGCUGCCAGGCCUAAAAUCUUAAGCCAUCCCAUAGCAUGACGAGGAAUGCCAGAGUCCCCUUGUCAAUGGACAUCAACCUUAUAGAGCUCCCUAUGGUUUGCUUGCAACUCAAUCUAAGUCCUUUGUAUCCAGGGGUCAUGUUUGAUGUGCCUUUAAGGGCUGCUUUGAAGGCAUGCUCCUGUAACACUUGCUCUCACGGCGGGCUAAUGUGCUAGUGGGCAUCUGCUUUGAUGACCUACAUCCUCUGCCAAAACAAGGCCUGCCACCAAGGUUGGCUGAAGCUGCCAAAGUGGAUAAGAUCGUCUCCAUGGAUGGGGCUUCUAUCGGAUCACAUGUUGCUAUGUAUUGAGUCGAUUGACUGUGUGCAACCUCUUAUAUAUUCCUACUUGUGAAGCUCUCACUGUGAGGAUGGUGAAAACCCAAAACAUGAGGAUAGUCGUGCUAGUGGUGCAAUUUCUCCAUCUGUAAAACAGAUGCCCGAGAAAGAUCUACUUGAGUCUAUCCUUGAUAUACUGCAAAGGAGAGAUACACGUGAAAUAUUUGCUCAGCCAGUUGAUGGAGAAGAGGUGGAGGGCUACUAUGAUGUUAUUAAAGAGCCAAUGGAUUUCGGCACCAUGAGGGCUAAACUUCAGGAAGGAAUGUAUACUACGUUGGAACAAUUUGAGAAGGAUGUAUUUCUAAUAUCCAGCAAUGCGAUGCUUUUUAAUUCAUCCACAACCAUCUUCUUCAGACAGGCCCGUGCUAUACAUGAGCUGGCUAAGAGGGUCUUUCAUACCCUCAAAACAGAUCCAGGAAGAAUUGAAGAUGAGUUCUCACAGACAAGGAAAAGACCUGGUAGGAAACCCCAAGGUGAAGCUGGAAUCUCACGCACUAGGCCUACCAAUCUUAGGAGAAAUGCCCAAGCAUGUCCUGGGGCAUCUAGUUCGGAUCCUCUUGUUGACAGAAGGGAUAAUGCAGUUCUUCCUGGGUCUGGAGAUGGUAGAAAUGUGAAAUUCUGCCGGCAUCAAACUUAUAAGCCUCGGUCUUCUUUAGCCACCGAGAACGAGCCCAUUGUUUCCACAGUUUAUAAUUGUUCGAAACAACUUAUCCCUGGUAAUGGAGGUUUGGGUUACAAACAGAGUUUGCUCCAGUUUGUUAAACAUUUGGGUUCAACAGCUCAAAUGGUAGCACAAAAGAAGAUAGGAUCUCUGACAGAGGCUCCAAUAUAUCAGUCCCAGAAAUCUAACAAUUCAGUCGAGUACACAGGUCAUCUGAUUUCUUUUCCAGCUGCCCAACAGGGACAAACAGAUAUACAUCAUGCUGCCUCAAAAGGUAAAAACGUUUUUACUGGUGAGGGCAUGGAUAUCCUCGGUCACUUUAGUGGAGGAAUGAAAGCUUAUGCAAGUGACAGAGUGAACAUUGACGCUGCUUCAAAGGGAAAAAGUGUUCAAACUGGUGAGGGCAUGGAAAUCCAUGGUGGCACUUGCAGAGAAUGGAUAGCUCUUACCAGAGGCAGAAUGGCUACUCAUGGUGCUACCUCCAAAGGAAAAAAUGUCGUCACUGGUGGUAGCAUGGACAUCCAUGGUGGCACUUGUGGAAGAAACGUGAAUGUUGCAAGUAACAGAGUGGAUUUGUGUAGAGGUAUCACAUCUGACCCAUUUAGCACAAGGAACACUGGUGAGUUUUCGAGGCCAAUGGUUCAGCCAGAUGAUUACAUGAGUCUCCUGUUGCAAGCUGCUGGAGAAGAUAUUACUGCUAGGAUCCCAGAGCCCUGUGGGAAGUACAUGACAGCCCCUACAAUGGUGGUUUCCAGCCAGUUGGGUGAUCAGAUCCGGCCGGUUCAGUUGGUAUCCAGAUCACAAUCAAGACUGAUCGAAUUCAUGUCUAGAGGCAACCAACGUCCAAGAUCAGUUGUACAUCCUUCAACAGUGAUCUUGCCAUCGAGUUUGAGUCAGAUCAACACCCUUUCACACGCCUUGGACUGUCAUUCCCUGGGUGGAUUGGUGCGAACUAAUGCUCAGGUGAGUCAGACCGUGGAAUGGAAUCUACCGACACCAUGGGGUCUGCAUCCUAUCUCUAAUUAUCCGCAUGUACAACCACGACAGCUCCUAUCAGUUCCCUACAUACAGGCUGAUCAGGUGAAUCCAAUGGGCCACGAAUCUCAGCUGCCAUCAGCGUCAUUCACGGGACAGCUGUCUACUGGGUUGAAUCCACUGGGCGACACUGCUUUUCUGUAGCAGCAGCUUGCGUUCGCUGGUAACAUGCAGCCACAGCCCAAUGCGGUGAAUAUGUUGGGCCAGGAUGCAUUUGUUCAAGGACAACAGCUCGAAUGGUUCCUAGCAUGCACCCUCAGCCUAGUAUGCAAACCCUUUCGACCAGUUGUAUAUGUGAGGAUGAGGCCAGACACACAGCUCGUGUUACCUCAGCCCAUGCAACUGGAGCCUACCGGCAUGAAUUUGUUGUGCCAGGACGCAUUUCUUCAGCAAGGAGGGCAGUUUGCAGUGCCGCCUCAAGGGCAAGUGUUCAAUGCCGGAAACAUACAUGAGAGAGCUCCUCUACAAGGCCAUAAAGUAUUAGUUUGGCUUUGAUUCUUACCAGGAAGAACUGCAUUAUCCCUUCGGUCAACAAGAGGAUCUGAACUAGAUGACCGACGGCAUGCUCAGGCAUUUCUCCUAAGAUUAGCGAUGUGAAGGUCCAGCUUCGCCUCGGGGUUUCCUACCAGGUCUUUUCCUUGUCUGUGAGAACUCAUCUUCAAUUCUUCCUGGAUCUGUUUUGAGAGUAUGAAAGACCCUCGUAGCGAAAGUCACGAGAUUUUCAUUCAAUUAAAAAGAGAGAACCGGAGAUUCUUUUUGUAUACUGCAAAUUUAGAAGAUAAUUUUCUUAAUCACUUGAUCUCAUAAAAUAGAUGAACCCACUUGUUUGAAGAAGAUGGUCGCGGAUGAAUUGAAAAGCACCUCAUUGCUGGAUAUUAGAAAUACAUCCUUCUGUAUAAUAAUUGAUUAAUUAGAGAGAUGUAUAACAUUUCAAAACUGAAGAAUGUGAUGAAACUUACUAGUUUGCAAUAGAUUACUCUC